AUGGCCAUUCUUCGAGACUUCGUGCUGAACGGCUAUCAUGUACUGCACGUGGACGGCCCUCACAGCACCAUCCGGAACAAGCUGGAUGGCAUUGCCAUGUCGCGACCUGGCCAUCCCGAGCUGCAGGAGCUGUUCGUCAUCGAGAACCUGUUCGUUCUUGUCCCGGAGCUGGAGGAGAUUCUCCGGAAUCCGCAAAUCCAGAGCGCGGUAGCAGAGGUCCUGGGGGGUGACUUCGUGGUAAGCAACUGGAUGGCCAACGUCUUCCCCCCCGCCGAAAGCUUUCCGACCUCGCAGCUGCCCAUGUGUGAGAGAGGCCCAAUCUGUUGGCAUGAGGACGUGGAGCUCACCAUGGCUCUGCCCAAGUCUCACUAUGCGCAGUACAUUGCGAUGGCAUACUUCCCACAAGACGUUCAAGAAGACAUGGGCUAUACAGAGAUGAUCUCCGGAUCACACCUUCUGAGUGUGCCACAUGAGACGGCUGGUUACCAAGGCGAGUAUCACUACCCUGAGAACGAUUCAGCCUGGCUUGCUGGAUGGCCAGCGACGAAGAUUCUGGGAAAAGCCGGCUUGGUAGUCCUGAAGCACCCGCGAGCUCUCCACCGUUUCGCCUCUCCAUCCCUGCAUCGCUCUGACUGGCGCUGGGCAGUGAACAUUGACUUCGUUCGGCUGCGUCAGCCCCGCGCUUCGGUCGAACAUCACAACAGGCUCAUGGAGGUGGUCACAUCUGGAUGGCCACCGCCUGUCCUGGAAAGUCUAGACGAUCUCAAGGAACAGUCAGCAAAGGUUCGUGCGGCCUAUGGCUUUGCGGCACGAGGGGAGGAGGAUGACCUGGUUGAGCUCUUCCGGGCCCUGACCAGCUGUGAUCCUCCGACUCGCGUGGCCGCCGCGGGCGGUUUGGCGGCGGCCUUGGGCACCAACUGCAGAGAAUGCCGGCAGCUGGAAGACAUGCUGAUCCAGACCUUCGGAAAGACACCCCUGCCCUGGGUGAGCUCCGACUACAUCUGUUCCCACUCGGGCUUUUACGUGGCCGGAGUCUUGGGAGACAUGGGCUCGGCAGCUUCGGCUCCCGCGCUCAUGUCAUACAUUCGGCGUGCGGCCGACGGUUUCGACGAAAGCAUCGGAGGCUAUGGGAUCGGCCCGGGAAAGAUGGUCUUUUUGCAGAUGAUGGAGUACCAGAAGCAGGACAUAGACGAGCGUUGGUUUGCCGACGAGCGUUACGUUCAGGGAGGAUUUUUCGGCACGCGGCUGCUGGGUGCUCCUGCCACACAUGUGCUCGCGUUCAAGGUUCUGGGUUUCCUGGCGCCGGAGGAUCUUGGCCCAGAGCUGAUUGAGCAGAGCCUACGGAUCUGCAUCAAGGCGGUGGUGGACAUGGAGAUGGAGCUGAGGGGUCUGGUGAAGGAGGUGGAUCAAGAAGAUGGCGCAUUCUGUGCUGGGGCUCUGCUGGGCUGGCUUCGCUUCAUCUAUCGCUUUCCCGCGGCACCACCGCCGGCCCAGGCGAUCGUCGGACUGAAGCAUCUCCUGGCUGCUGCCAGGAAGAUGCUCGUCGAGCUGAACCGCCGCAUCGCGAAGCUGUGGCCCAUGGUCCAGAAGACUGAGGAGCUGCUGCGCCGCUACGGUGAGGACGUGGACGAGACCAGACUUCGCGAGAUCGAAUGCCGUGGCUGCGUGACGGCUUCUGACAUGGUCUUCGAUGUGGCACCCUGGGUGCCGCAGCACCGCUCUCGGCUCCCUGCUGCUGGCUUGGGCCUGGCACACUUCGAGCGCAAUGAUCGUGCGACGGCGCUCGCUUGCGAUGCCUUCUUGGACCUGCAGGGCCGCCUCUUUGAUACUGCCUUCGUGUACGAGCAGCAGCAGGGGAUUCAAGCCGCUGCAAUCGCCAAAGCCAUUCCUCGCUCGGCGGUGGCUGUCAUCAGCAAAGUUCUGCUCGGUGAAUCACAGGAAGUCGAGCUGGCGAUCUCUCAAACUGCGCAGCAGCUCGGCGGCUAUGCAGAUGUACUGCUGCUCCACACGCCGGGCAGACCGCUGGGAGAUAAUGCCACGUUCCCCAGUUGUGCAGCGCAGGGCAGCUGGAAGGACUGUCGGCUGCUGGCCUGGAGGCAACUGGUACAAGCACAACAAGAUGGCUUGGCCAAGGAGAUUGGCGUGUCCAACUUCGACUGCAGCCACUUGAAGGAGAUCGAGGCGGCCGGCUUGCCAAUGCCGCUGUACAACCAGAUCGAGGUGUCGGCGGCGUGCCCAAUGAACGAGGAGCUCCGCUCCUACCAAGCGGCGCGCGGCAUCCACACUCUUGCCUACAGUCCUCUUGGAGGUGCAUACACUCCCAAACUGCGGGAGCAGCUCCGGACAGCCGUCAGCAGCGUGGCAGCACGUCUUGGGCGGUCGUCGGAGCAGGUGUUACUGCGCUACGUGGUGCAGCGUUAUGACGCCGUUGUCCUUCCGGGCGCAUCGUCGGUGAAGCACAUGGCCGCCAACCUGGACCUGUUUCGAUUCGAGCUGACGACAGAAGAUGUAGAAGCAAUUUCCGCCAGUGCCCCCCGCGAGUGUGCGUAUCCCAUGUACCAGCCCGGACAAAUACCUUGA